AGGAGAGCGGCGAUGCCGGCGGGGCGGGGCCGGGCGGGGCGGGGCCCGGUCUGCCCCCAAACCCCACCGCUCCGCACCCGGAACGUUUGUGAGCCGGAACCGGGGCCGCGGCGGUCGGAGCGCGGCCGGCGAGGCUGUGCGGGCGCAGCGCGGGCACGGCGCGUUAGCCAUGUUGGCGGCGGCGGCCCGCGGGGCCCGGCUCAGUUCUUGGCUGCCCCAGGCAAUUCCAUCCCGAGGGAGUCACUGGCAGGGUUCGGUGCUGGCGUUCAGAGCGUCUCUCCCCAUGAGAGCACAACCAAAGAAGAAGAAGAAAGUGGAUGUGAAGAGAGAGCAAGCACAAAAGGAUCGUAUGAAAAAAAAGAUUAAAAAGUUGGAAAAAGCUGCCCCAGAAUUGAUUCCAAUUGAAGAUUUUAUAACACCAGUGAAGUACUCGGAUAGCAACAGGGUGCGAAGUCUUCCUGGACUGUCACCUGAGGAGACUGAAAGAAGAGUUUUACUUAUGAAAAAGUGGUGUUUGUUUAAGCAGAAACAAGAUAAUGCAGAAAAGAAAGCAAUUCAGACCAUGGUAGAAGCUCAGCAAGAGGCACUGAAGGAACUGCGCCUGGAAUCAGAGGAGUUGUACCAAGCAGCAAUCAGACGAGAUGAGGGGCUUUUCCCCUUCGAGAGAGAUGGACCCACUUACACCCCACCGCUCCCUGGGUACGAUCCUCCCGAAGGAAAAUGCGUUGAUAUCACCAAAGUGUACACACAGUGAUGGAGAAGUUUGUAGCUCAUCUGGCAUGAACUGCUCGACUGACUGAAGGAGGAAAGAAUGGAACAGCUCCUUCUGUAGAUUACUGUAGGUGUGAGACUGUAAAAAAUCUGUAUUAAUGAAGCAUCUGUUUGGUUGGGUUUUUUUGAACGGCAAUCUAGGUAGUAAGAUGCCCAACAAAGCUACACUGCCUGACACUUGUGCCGUGCUGCAACAAGACAAAGUAGUAUUUCAGAGAGUAUUUUAUCUUUCUGGGCUUCUCUCAUCCCUCCAUGCAGCAUUUUUUUUUGUUUUUCAUAAACCAUCACUUGGAAGAUUCCCAUGCUAUGAGUAAAGAAUGUCGCAGUCAUCGUAUCAGGGUCUGUACUAGAAGGGAGUUAACAGCUGUUUACUGCCUUUCUUUUCACACUUCAGUGAAAUACUUUUGCAUCUAAGAGGGAAAACAUACGGUGAUAAAGUCAAAA